AUGCAAUCCGAACGAACAGCUCAGGCUAAUACAGGUGGGUUAUCUCCUGAGUUAGUUCCUAUUGUUACUCUGCUAUCGGCGCAGACUCAUAGAAGGUAUAUUGAAGGUGUAUUUUUGAUAUUAAAUGAUUUGAAUAGCGAUGGGUCUCCAGGAGAGAGAUUAUGGAAGGAGGUUUAUGGUGUUUUGAUCGGCACACAACUAGCGCUCUGGGACGCAAAGCUUUUUGCUGCGAAUAAUUAUGAUGCAGAGAAAUUAAUGAGAACCACCACAAAUCCUACUUAUAUUAAUUUUACGGAUUCGAAUUUCAGGUCUCUAGGGCCACAGGAUGCAGCUGUGGAUAGUGCUAAAAAGAAGUUGACAAAUGCAAUUUCUGUGUCUACCACGUUGAAAAAUAGGUAUUUCUUGCAGUUUAACGAUUUGGAAUCGUUUCUUAGGUGGAAUGCUGCCUUUAGAUUGUCGGCAUUUGAGUUUAGUGCAUUACAGGAGUCUUAUACUGGGGCUUUGCUAUCUACAAGAGGAUCUUUGUUGAGCGAUAUUAGAGUUAUUUUAGCUGAUACGAAGUUUGCGUAUGAAGAAUGGGUUAGUGUACGGUUUGGCUCUGGUAUGCGUUGGAAACGUUGUUAUGCUGUGAUUUCUCAGCCAUCUAAAAAGUUGAAAAAUGGCUCGAGGUGCGGCCAGAUUAGCUUCUAUGACACUGAUAAGAAGCUUAAGAAGUCUACGGCGAUGGCUGUUGUGACAGCUGCUCACGCUGCAUACGCCCUUUAUCCUUCUUCCCCGGUGCUUAUAGACUCUUCUACAAUGAUUAAGUUGGAAGGUUCGAUAAUAUUCUCUAAUAAAGAAGUUUCCAAACAAGCGGAUAUAUUUAUCAUGCCAGAAAAGCAUUCCGCUGUUCCUGGUUACGACACUUUGAUUAGAUUUCUAAUCCCUUUAAUGAAUUCGUUCCAGCUAUAUGGCCGGCCAAAAACGUUGAUUGCUAGCAAGGAUGACCCGAAUUCGUUGUUGUUCAGCCUUCCUACGUUGCCGCAUGUGCAUUACUUACAAGUAGAUGACUUACUAUCCUUAUCAAGAGCUUCUAAUUCUACAUGGACUGUUCGUGAUUGGAGGAACCAAAUAAAGGGUAUCCUUAAGGGGAGGUUGAACAAAGGCUACACUGGAUGUGGGUCAACAACGGGGCUGAACGGUGCACUGGCUUCCCCAGCCCUUGGUCACAGUGAAUAUCCAGCAUCUAACAGUCCGACAUCUCCACACUUUGCCCCAUCAUCUGCAACCAGUUUCCUAGAUACAGAUCGUCCGAACACAAUUACGGAUACUGGUCCACAAAUAAAUUUCAAUCAACCAAUUGCUAUGCCCAGCCGUCCAAGCCCAGUCCCAGUCCCAGUUUUUAUGGAAUCGAGGCCUAGUAAUUCAAUGAAACAGUUUAACGGUUCCUAUAACGCUGACCCAAAUUCCGAAGUGAAAAAUUCUGCGGCUCCUCAGAUGCAAUCCUCAGCCGAAUAUUCAAGAGUACCUAAAGAAUCCCAUCUGAAACCAAAUGCUCAAACUGCUGCACCUUAUCCUGCUAACGAAAAGGUGUCUGUAUUCAAAGAGAGACCAGUGAACCCAUUAGUGAAUGUACCUCGAAAUUUACAAAGAGAUCCAACUAAAACUGAACAUGAUAAUUCUUAUGAUACGUUUGCCAAGUUUACUACUGACACUUCCUCGGUUCUACAAAUAGCAGAGCCUGAUAUGGAUUAUAAUCAUCGGGAGUUAUAUCGGUCUCGUGCAGAUUUGUCUCAAAUAUAUGACAAAUAUUCAGAACCACCUUUUGGAGGCCAAUUUACAUCUUCAAGCCAUUCAUUAGCGCCUCCUCGUUCCAAUCAUCAUUUUGCAUCUAACAGUCAGAAAAGAGAUUCGGUGGGUGCUUAUGAUGAAUACAAAGGAACGGACUCGCACACAAAAAAGCUCGAUAUCUCUAGGUUGAGGAAUUCUGUUAGUAGUCAGAGUACUGCUGCGGUUUAUGAAGAACGUAAUGGACGUAGUUCAACCGGUUCUUCCUUUGAAAAUGUAACAGAGACAGCAAUCGAAAACGAUGAUGUUUUGGAUGAUUUUUACAACCUAUCAAAGGAGAUAUCUAGCAUGACAGUGGAUACUAUUGAGAAGCCAAAUAACAUUCAGAAACCAAUUAGUGUCCGUAGUGAUUCCACCAAUACUAGUGUGAAUGUUUUUGAUCCUGACUACGACGCACAAAGCUACUUGAUGAAUGUUGAGAGUAAUUUUUCCGGUACUGAUAGUAAUAUUAUAAGUCGGUCCGAGGAGAGCUUACCAGGCAGUCAGUAUUCAGUGGGUAGGGGGGUAUACAAAACUAAAGACAACCUGAGUUCAGUUUACUCUGAUACGAAAAGUACUGCUUACCUGGAUCAUUCAACGUCCAGGCUGCCUGCCAAACAAUCACAAAGUAUUCCUGUUUCAAAUAACAGGUCCAAUGAACCUCUGGGAAUUGUAAAGUCGGGCCCCCAAAGCAAUCUUCACAGUCGAUUAACCCCUCGAUCUUCACAGGAAAGUAUCUCGGGAACCCCUCCAAGUCGUUCUUCUCCUAGAUCUUAUAGUUACCAAAAUAUGCCGCAAACUAAGCACAUGACAAAUCACAAUGCAAAUCAAAAAAGUAGGAUUCCUAUGCAGCAAGGUAUGCCUAAUCCUUACGGUAGAUCAACGGUACAGCAACAAGAUGCGCCUCCGAUGAGUAAAUCACCUGCAGGAAGACCUAUGCCACCUCAGCAGCAAAACUCACAAAAUCAACUUCCAAGAUUAUAUCCAGCGGCAAACCAACCAUUUGAGCUAGGAGGUCCUUUAAAGGGUAUUCAACCAAUAAUGCAACCUCAGCACCGUACUUUAGGCUCGAGAGCCCCAGUGAUGGGAAUCCCAAAUCCCUACGGAAGACCCCCACCUGUCCAACAAUUGCCUGGUGGUUACCAACCACAAAAAAUGCCACCACUCCCUCAAAGCCAUCACCAACAACUACAGCCAUCGGCUCCCAAUGCCAUGGCACCAGCCUACCACGGCAGACAGUAA